CGGCCCCAGAUGUCCCCCCCCCGGCCCCAGAGGCCCCCCCCUCACCAGCAGUGACUGUGAUGGUGGAGGAUGAGGGGGAGUCAGAGGAGGGGCCCCAGCAAAAUGGCCAGGCCGUGGGUGUGGGGGGUGCCCCCUACCCCCCCCCUGUCCCAGGCCCCCUCGAUGCCGUUAGGCCUCACCCCCCCACCCCAGCCCCCGCUCGCUCCAAAUCAGCCUCCCUGGGCGACCUGGGGGGCAAGGCCAGCGCCAACGGGGGGCCGCGGGGGCGGGGCAGCCUGGUGGGGUCCCAGGUGCAUCUGGCAGGGGCAGGGUCGCCCCGUCCCAGCCUGAGCCGCCAGCCCUCGGGGGCCGAGGGGGGCCCGGGGGCCGAGAAGCCGCGGGAUUAUAUCCUGCUGGCCGCCCUCUCCUGCUUCUGCCCCAUCUGGCCCAUCAACAUCGUCGCCUUCGUGUACUCGGUCAUGUCCCGGAACAGCCUGCAGCAGGGGGACCUGGACGGGGCGCGGCGGCUCGGCCGCGUAGCCAAACUGCUGAGCGUGGUGGCCCUCCUUGGGGGCAUCGUCAUCAUCAUCCUCUCGGUCGCCAUCAACUUCGGCCACAAGAAAAAGCGCGGGCCCAAGAUGCCGGUGGGACCCCUCUGCCGGGAGGGGACAUGUUUACAUCCCAGCCUCCCUUCCCCCAAACGGACGGAUGAAGCAGCACCAGCGAUGGAGACCCCAGACCCCCUUCUCCCUGCUGCCUGGGGACGCGGCCAGCCAGGAGCUGGGAUUUUGGGGCCUGCAGCAGAACAUAGAAGAAAGGAAUGAGGAAGGGGGUGAAAAGGAGUGAGGCCGCUGGGCACCGAUUCCUCGUUGAUCCUAUUUACAACCCCGCGUCGGCCAACGGGGGAGCUGGGCGGGCGGCGUCUGACCAGGGAAGGACAGAGGAAGAAAGGAAGAGAGGCCCCCGGAGGUUCCUCCCCGAGCCCCGCCUCGGGCUGGUCACGUCUCGGUGGCAAGGAAGGACAGAGUGAGAAAGGCCCGAAGGAGGAGUGGGGCGGGAACCGGCCCAGACGCCAACCCCACCCUGGCACCAAGUGACUUCAGACUGUUAUAGCCCUAAGCUCGUGGGGAAGGGGCUGGUUCUGGGGGCAGGGGAAUGCCCCCCGCCAAGCCCCACUUCUAGGGCCCAGCUUUUGCACGCUAUCCCCUGGGUAACGGGGUGGGGUGGGGGCAGUACAAUUGGGGGGCAGCAAGACUUUGGGGGGGGGGCUGAAGGGGCUUGUGUUUUGAUGUUGACAUGCCAGUAUUAUACAUGCAUGUUUUUAUAUACUCCAUUGUCGGGAGAGGGAUCGGGGGGGGGGGUCACUCCUAGAUGGGUCCUGGAGGUGGCUGGGGGGUUUCAAUAUUUGGGGGGGGGGUCACAUUACUAAAAAGCCUUUGUUUAAAGGGAAAGGGGGGAAUUAGGCCAUUUGCGGGGGCGGCGGGGCCCUUCCCCUCCAGGGGUGUCAGGUCCCAGCUGGACCCACAGCAGGCAACCGCUGGCUGAGGGGCGGAGGGGAAUAAGCCCCCCCUUAAAUCCGCCUGCGACAUCUCGUACAUGGGGGUUGUUGAAUGGCCCCACGUCCAUCACGGGGGGCGGGGGUCACAUAGUGGGUUUUAACCCUGCCUGGGAAAUAACUCCCAGCCCCCGGGGCGGUUUGUAGCGAUUCGGAUGCAUGAGAAGCCAAUAAACUCGGA